GUUACAGCGCGUAUAAAGUAUAAAAGCCGCCUGGCAGCCACAGGUUGUUGGACAGAUUCCCACAAACACAGAUCAUCAAACAUGGGCAAGAUUAUCUUCUACGAGGACAGGAACUUCCAGGGUCGUUCCUAUGAGUGCAUGAGCGACUGCUCUGACAUGACCUCCUACCUGAGCAGGUGCCACUCCUGCAGGGUGGAGAGCGGCUGCUUCAUGGUCUACGAGCGCCCAAACUACAUGGGAAACCAGUACUUCCUGAGGAGAGGAGAGUACUCAGACUACUUGUCUUUUGGCAUGAGUGACUCAAUCCGAUCCUGCCGUUUAAUUCCUCAGCACAGAGGCCAGUUCAGGAUGAAGAUCUACGAGAGAGAGAACUUCCAGGGCCAGAGUCAUGAGCUGAUGGAGGACUGCGUCAACAUCCAGGACCGUUACCGUAUGAACGACUGCCAGUCCUGCCACGUGAUGGACGGCCACUGGCUGAUGUACGAGCAGCCCAACUACAGAGGCAGGAUGAUGUACCUGAGGCCCGGAGAAUACAAGAGCAUGAGAGAUGUGGGAUUCAGCGGCAUGAAGCUUAGCUCUGUCAGGCGUAUAAUGGAUUCCUGUUGAAGCAGAGAAAAAUAAAUCUGUUGAAUAAAAUCAGGAA